AUGGCUCCUAGUAAAGGAUGGAUGGAUCUUGUUGGUGAUCGUCUUAAUAAUAUAUAUUUAUGUGGAGUUGAAGAAUUUUUAGACUAUGCUUUUAAGAAGACUGGGAAGCAUGGGAAAAUACGUUGUCCAUGUGUCAAGUGUAGUAACACAUAUUCCGCCACACGAGAAGUGGUAGGGACACAUCUCAAGGUGUAUGGAAUAAUACGUAAUUAUACAUUUUGGUAUCACCAUGGAGAAAGGGUAGGUGAAUCUGAAUCUAAUUUAGAAAGUGUUGAACAAAGUGAAGAUGAGCCUAGCAAUGAGAUGCAUGACAUUUUAAGGGAUUUAUAUCCAGAGUUUUGUGGUCAAGAUACAAAUGAUAUGGAUACGGAUAUCUUCGCUUGUGAUAUUCAUAAAGAGGAACCGAAUGAGGAAGCGAAUAAAUUCUAUAGGUUACUAAGAGAUUUUGAGCAACCAUUAUACCAAGGUUCUAAGAGCUCAAAGUUAUCUUGCUUAGUCAAAUUGCUCCAUAUCAAGAGCCUUGGUCGAUGGAGUAAUGAGUCAUUUACUAUGUUGUUGCAAUUAUUGAAAGAUGAAUUAUUACCUCAAGGAUCUAAUUUGCCACAAUCGUAUUAUGAUGCAAAGAAAGUAAUUCAAGAUCUUGGUCUCUCAUACAAAAAAAUUGAUGCAUGUGUAAAUAAUUGCAUGUUAUAUUGGAAAGAGGAUGAGAGGCUAGAUUUUUGUAAGAUUUGCGGCUAUUCUAGAUGGAAGACUGAUAAAUAUAAUGGGGAAGACAAGGUUAAAACCAAUGGGAAGAGAAUACCAAAAAAAAUUCUGCGUUACUUUCCACUAAAGCCAAGACUUCAAAGAUUGUUUAUGUCCACAAAGACAACGUCUUUGAUGAGAUGGCAUAAAGAUAAGAGGGUAGAUGAUGGAGUGAUGAGACACCCUGCUGAUUCAAUGGCAUGGAUUUCCUUUGACAAACUACAUCCAAAUUUUGCCUCAGACUCUCGCAAUGUGAGACUAGGCCUUGCUAGUGAUGGAUUUCAACCUUUUGCCAAUUCAAAAAUGCCAUAUAGUGUUUGGCCAGUUUUACUCAUUCCAUACAAUUUGCCACCUUGGAUGUGCAUGAAACAAUCAAAUUUUAUUUUAUCAAUGCUUAUUCCAGGUCCUGAGGGUCCCGGAGAUGCAAUUGAUAUCUAUCUUCAACCCUUAGUAGAAGAACUAAGAGAGUUAUGGGAAACUGGUUGGAGUACUAAGGGAAAGUUGGCUUGUCCUUGUUGUAAUAAGGACACCUGUUGGAUGAGGUUGGCUAAUGGAGGCAAGCAAUGUUAUAUGGGUCAUCGACGAUAUCUUCCUCUUAAUCACAAAUGGAGAAAUGAUAACGAAUCUUUUGAUGGCACAAGGGAGCGAGGGUUACCACCCAAGCCACUUUCAGGAGAUGAUAUACUUGAUCAAGUGAAAAAUCUUGAAGGGGUCAUAUUAACUAAGGCUCCUCAUAUGAAGAAAGCAAUCUCACAUGAUGGUAGGGGGGACAAUUGGAAUAAAAAGAGUAUAUUCUUUGACCUUCCAUAUUGGAGGACCUUAUUGCUACGUCACAACUUAGAUGUCAUGCACAUUGAAAAGAAUAUAUGCGAUAAUAUACUAGGGACAAUCAUGAACAUAAAGGGAAAAACUAAAGAUGGCAUCAAAACUCGCCUUGACUUGCAAGCAUUAAAUAUAAGGCCAGAGUUACACCCAGUACAACAGGGGAAUAAAGUUGUGAUACCUCCAGCAUUGUACAGUUUAUCUACUACUGAAAAAUACAGGCUUUGCCAAUUCUUGAAGCAGUUAAAAGUUCCAGAUGGAUUUUCAUCCAAUAUUUCUCUUUGUGUAAACAUGAAAGAGAGUAAAAUCUCAGGAUUAAAGAGUCAUGAUUGUCACGUUCUUCUAUUACAUAUACUUCCUCUUGCAAUACGUGGUUUACUUCCUAAGGUAGUAUAUGAACCACUUGUUGAGCUGUCAUUGUUUUUCACUCAUUUAGGAGCAAAGUCAUUAAAGGUAGAUGUAUUGGAGCAAUUAGAAAAGCAAAUUCCUAUAACUCUUUGCAAGCUAGAAAGGAUCUUUCCACCUUCAUUUUUUGACAUUAUGGUGCAUUUGCCUAUGCAUUUGGCUAAUGAAGCUAAAAUUGGUGGACCAGUACAAUAUCGUUGGAUGUACCCAAUAGAACGAGCAUUAUAUUCAUUUAAGUCAUGUAUUCGUAAUAGAGCUUGCGUAGAAGGUUCAAUUGCAGAGGCAUACAUUGCAAAUGAGUGCAUGACUCUUUGCUCAAGGUACUUGCAUGGCAUUGAGACAAAGUUCAAUCGAAUGGAGCGCAACUAUGAUGGUGGCAGUAAUAAAAAUAAAGGAGGCUUAUCAAUUUUCUCCAAAGUAGGACGAGGAUUAGGUGCUAGUAAAACUCGUGAUCUUGAUACACAGGAGUGGGAGCAAGCUCAUAUUUAUGUAUUAAAGAAUUGUGAUGAAGUCCAGCCAUACAUCGAAGAGUAUUCACAAUUGCCAGCAACCAAUUUAGUAGGUAUGUCAGAAGGUCAAUGGAAUAAAAAUUUUGUUAGAUGGUUUAAGACGAAAGUUGCGUGGUUGCAUAAAAAUGACUCAAGUCCAAUGAUGGGAGCCCUACUCUCAUUAUCACGCGGUCCUGCUCGAUAUGUGACAUCUUUUUAUGGUUACAUUGUCAAUGGGUAUAGGUUUCAUACUAAAUAUCAUGACCAAGGUUUGAGGACACAAAAUAGUGGAGUUGUUGUAAUUGGAGAUAUUGGUGAUGAAGUUAACAACAUAGAUUACUACGGUGUCUUAACUGAGAUUAUUCAAUUGCAAUAUCUUGGAGGAAGACGUGUGGUGUUAUUUCGUUGUAAUUGGUGGGAUGUUUAUGAUCGAGUGAGGGGGGUUAAGAUUGAUGAAUAUGGGGGGGUUAGUGUUAAUUGUAAACGAACUUUGAAAACAAAUGAACCUUUCAUUUUAGCUAACCAAGCAUCACAAGUCUUUUAUGUUCGGACAUAA